AGCCACAAUGCAGGAUGGUGUUUAUAAUCGUUUCGUUCGACACUAUUUACUAUCGAAGAACUAUAAAGACUCACUGAACGCAUUCGAAGCUGAAAGCUCUAAUGAAAAAAGUAAAGCAAAGUUUCACCCUUCUGAUAUUGUUGACCAUAUUCAAGAAUCAAUUUAUGAUUCAAAUUUAAAUCAACUGAUUAAUCAAUGGAAUCUAUUAGAAAACACAUUAUUUCACAGACUUGCAGAUGACAAACAGAACGCAGCCAAUGAACUGAAAGUUCAUGUUUUUCGAACCUAUUUAAUACAGGCUAAAAUGAAAAAACGUCAAGCAAAAAUGAUUGAAUUCUUUGAAUCACUUUCGUCACAGUUUUCUUUCGAGCGAGAAGAAUGGCAGGCAUGGUGUGCCCUACCGUACACGUUGGAUCCCAAAACACAUCCUGAGUUUUUUAUGUAUUUUACAAAAUCUUGGAUGGAUGUGUUAAUCCUCUCACUGACUAAUUUCCUUUGUCUUAUAUAUUAUUCUGAGAGUAAUAACAAUAAUAUUGUACUUCAGGAUAUAGAAGUUACGAGUCAAAAACAUAAGCCUAACACAAGUGAAAGAACACAGUCUUCAACGAACCAACCACCUUUUGGAGAGCUGCUUGAUGAUUUCAUUGAACUGGGAACUAUUCGAACAAAUCCGAAGCCUACACAAUGAUCCUUAGAUAUAUAUAUUAUCUCGCUUGUAAAUAACUGACAUGUAUCUUGUAAAACAUUUAUUGAAGUUAUUAGGUACU